GUUGUUAUUGUUUGAAAAUAAACCUGCGCAACCGAAUCUAGCGCCAGUCGAGACCUCGCGGGGAGAUCAAGUAGUCGAGGAAAUUUUCUUGGACACCGAAAAAGCGCAGUUCGACUGAGAACAUGGAGACAAACGAUUUGCCCACAAAACCCAUGCCAUUGGUACAACAACAGAUGAUGGCACUGACUCGAAGCCAAGUGGGCUAUCACUGCGUAUUGCAGAGAUCACUGCGCUUUGAUCCCAACUUCUAUUUACCAACCCGUUUGAGAGAGGGCUUGAGACUGACAUUUCUCUUCUAUUGCCACGGUCCCAGACCAAGGCUUCAUCUAUACAUGUACGAACCCGAUUCCUAUCACCGCUGGGCCGAAGCGGAAAUCGUUCAAAACUUGCCCCCCGACGAGAGGGACAACAUCCGAAUCUACACUAACAAACCCUGGCCUGCACCCUCUGAUCUGGUUGAAGGGGUUGGCGAGGUACGGCAAGGAACGUAUAUCGUCCUACAGUGGGACCAUACCUGGUCCCAAGCCUGGAAGUGGGAAAUUCAUAGCAGAGUCAACGACUAUAUUGACAAAAGCGCCAGCGGAGAGAAAGAGUACGACCGCCUCUGGACUGAUCCAUACUGCCAAGGAGAUAUGCUCUUGAUGGAAUACCAUAUGACGCAGACAUAUCAGCAAGAGACCACCAUGAUUUACGCACGCGAGAUGGUUUUGCCAGUUAAGUAUGGCUUUAUGAACCUUCAUCCGGGAUCUGUCGUCACAGUCACCGCGAAGGCUACAAACUUGGAGAAGUGUGGUCCACGAGUCGAAAUCUCAUUGCUACAGCGGGGAGGAGACAGAGCCACAAGUCGGCAGGAGAGGCGCAGAAUACACAGCCUGGGCGACGCCCAACCCGAGACUUACGUCACUAUUACCCUGAUGGCAUCAGUGUCCUACGUGAGGGUCUUUUCAAGCUUCUCGGACAAAGUAGUCUUCUUUAGCCCACAAGAAGACACGGCAGGAUACGCCUUCCACUUCUUCUGUAACAUCGACAUGAUCGAUGUCCUCAUGGAUGCUGGAGCCUGGUACUACAGCCGCUGGUAGUGAAGCAUGAGUGACCAACCAGCAAGCAAGCAACAGUUGUUAACGCUUCGUGAUUUACGAGCUUUGUCUUGGUGUGGUAGCCUCCCAAAAGAUUGAGGCUGAAUAAACAGAGUUGCAUGAAA